CAUUUUUAUAUUCAUUGCCUCGCCAACAUUCGAAUUUUGCUUGUAAUUUCGUAAUGCCGUAAUGGAAAAUUGUUCUAAGGGUGUAAAUGUAAUAUUGUUUGUUCUAUAUUUUGGUGUCUGUGAAUGCACAUUGACUACGGCUGUUAUUAAGGAAUAUACUUCGCCGAAACCGGUUUAUCGUAAAUUUAAUAUAGAAAAUACAGAAGUAGAUGCAAAAAACAGCGAAAAAAUGUUUGAUGUGCUUGAUGGGAGGCGUAGGAACAGUAAAAUGCGCUCACAAAUAUGGGAUUGGGACACUUGGUGCUUACUUCAGCCAAGGAAAGGUAAUUGUGUCCAGAAUAUACAGAGAUUUUAUUACAAUCGACAAUUGGAAAAAUGCCUAACGUUUGUGUAUAGUGGAUGCAAUGGAAAUGAAAAUAAUUUUGAAACAAAACUAGAUUGUGAACUGCGUUGUACAGGUGUUACUUCGACUAUGACCUCACGUGGAGUUGAUAAAGGGCAUUUUUGCCAGUACCAACCUGAUGUGGGAGCAUGCCUUGCGUUUGACACAAAAUAUUAUUUCGACAUCAAUCGAAACACGUGUUCUAAGUUUGUGUAUGGAGGCUGUGCGGGUAACACAAAUAGAUUUGAAACAAAAUUCCAAUGUAUGGCGACAUGUGAACGACAGAAUUAGUGACGGGAAUUUUAUUUUUAAAAUAAUGUUUCUAUUUAAGCAAAUACAGUAUAUUUUAAAUGGAUUAAAGGGAAUUCAAUUAUCACAAUA